UGGAGAUAUUAUGAGGCCGGUGUCAUUAUCAGGAGGCUGCCGCCGCUGCUGCUGUUGCUGAGUGCUUGAAUGUUUCUUUUUUAUUUAUUAUUAUUAUUGUUAUUAUUGUUGUUUCAUUUCCUUCUUCUUCUCUGUGUGAUCUUGCCUGCUCUGCGGUCAUUCCAUGGUGUUCAGAUCUCCUCUAGAGCUCUAUCCCACCCACUUCUUCCUGCCAAACUUCAGCAGUGAGCGCUCCCUGCUCCUGGCGACCACCAGCAGCAGCUCCAGAGCCCCCGAAGAGCUGUCCAUGUUCCAGCUGCCCACCCUCAACUUCUCCCCGGAGCAGGUGGCCAGCGUAUGUGAGACGCUGGAGGAGACAGGGGACAUUGAGAGGCUGGGGAGAUUCCUGUGGUCCCUACCUGUGGCCCCUGGAGCUUGUGAGGCUAUCAAUAAGCAUGAGUCCAUCCUCAGAGCCAGGGCGGUGGUGGCUUUCCAUACAGGCAACUUCAGAGACCUCUACCACAUCCUGGAGAACCACAAAUUUACUAAGGAGUCCCAUGGAAAGCUGCAGGCCAUGUGGCUGGAAGCUCACUAUCAGGAGGCUGAGAAACUCAGGGGGCGCCCCCUAGGACCCGUUGAUAAAUACAGGGUGAGGAAGAAGUUUCCUCUGCCCAGGACCAUCUGGGAUGGAGAGCAGAAAACCCAUUGCUUCAAGGAGAGGACUCGCAGCCUCCUAAGGGAGUGGUAUCUACAGGACCCUUACCCCAAUCCCAGCAAGAAAAGGGAACUGGCCCAGGCCACAGGACUCACACCCACCCAGGUGGGCAACUGGUUCAAAAACCGAAGGCAAAGAGACAGGGCAGCAGCAGCUAAAAACAGGCUCCAGCACCAAUCCAUCGGACAGAGCGGCAUGAGGUCGUUGGCAGAGCCCGGGUGCCCCACACACAGCUCGGCGGAGUCUCCUUCCACAGCCGCUGCCAGUCCCACAACCAGUGUGUCCAGCCUGGCAGAGCGCGCUGAGACUGGCACCUCCAUCCUGUCCGUCACCUCCAGUGAUUCGGAAUGUGAUGUAUGAUAGACAAACACUGAGCCAGCACCACUGGACUGAGGACGGAGCUGGACUUCCAGGGACUGGCACACAACAAGGUGGCACCUAUAGACUUUUAUGCAGGACAAGCACAGCCACUUGCAUGUAAAACAUUUGUAUGUGGGGACCUGACCUACACUCAAGUCCAAUCCCAAAACCUACCCAGGACCUGAACCCACCAAGAGGAGCAACUCACAUAUCCACCCAAUGCCCCCUAUUAUUAUUAUUACCCCCCCCCCCGCCCCCCCAGAUCUGUUUUUUACCGCCAUCGUGGUUUUUCUACCAAUUCUUCUUCUAUUUGUUGCGUCCAGCAGACAAUCACAUAAUAAUAAUAAUAAUAAUAAGCACCUUCCUCCUCCUCCUCCUCCUCACCCUCUGUCACUGCCUGUGUGGGUUUAUGGUUAAUGUGGAAAAAAAAAAAAGAAAAAAAAAAAAAGAAAUAGUUUAUGACUGUAACAGAUUUUUAUUUUUAUUUCAAGAUUUUAUAUGAAUUAUGUAUAUGUCAAUGAUGAGGCCACUCCCAGCUGUAAUAUAAUAAUAUGUGUAGUAUAUAAUGCCUGUAUAUAAUAUGGGGAAUUCUCCUCCUUAAUAUUUGACUCCCCCCCCCUCAUCUCUCUCCUGUGUUCAAUGAUCUCUGUCUCCCCUGUCUCUUACCCUGACUCCUCUCUCUCACACCUUCUUCUGCUCUCUCUCUCUCUCUCUCUCUCUCUCUCUGUCUCUUUCCCACUAACUUAGUUUCUCUGUCUCUUUAUCUCUCUCUCUGGAGCCCAACCUGUCUCUUAUACUUUAUGUCUCUCCUUCUCUCUUUUUCUGUCUUUCUCUAGAAGUUACUUGCACUUCCUAAUCAUUCUAUCCAUAAUUUUUCUGCCUAUCUCCUAUCUAUCUAUCUAUCUAUCUAUCUAUCUCAUAUCUAUCUAUCUCAUAUCUAUCUAUCUAUCUAUCUAUCAUCUAUCUAUCUAUCUAUCUAUCUAUCUAUCUAGCUAUCUCAUAUCUAUCUAUCUAUCUCAUAUCUAUCUAUCUAUCUCAUAUCUAUCUCAUAUUUCCCUCUAUUUAUUUUAUUCCUAACUUGUCCAUCGUUCUAUCCAUAAUUAAUAUUUCUUUUUUUCUUUUUUUUUUCUUUCUUUCCUUCUCCUUAAGUUACUGUUCACCAAUGGCUGCUGACACUUCCACUUCUAUCUAUGUCAUUUCUUUCUUUCUUUUUCUCUCUCUCUUUCUUUCUUUUUCUUUCUUUCUUUUCCUUUUUUCUUUUUAUUUAUUUCCUUCUUUCUUUCCUUCCUUCUCCUUAAGUCACUGUUUACCAAUGUCUGCUGACACUUCCACUUCUAUCUAUGUCAUUUCUUUCUUUCUUUCUCUUUUUUUCUUUCUUUUUUUCUUUCUUUCUUUCUUUCUUUCUUUCUUUCUUUCUCUUUCUUUCUCCCAGUCACAUUUCCCCUUACCCCCCGACCCCCUCCUGUGAUGGCUCUGUGACCCCCUCUUUUACUACAAGAGCGCGUAUCCCCCCGUCUCUCUGUGUAACUAAACAUUCUCUAUCUAUGUACAUCAAAUACAGUAUUCAUACUUUCUUAUCUAUAUCCAGCUAUUUGUCCGUGUUUUAUACUGAACCCCACAAUAUAAAGAACUUUUUCUUCUCUCCCUGAAUUGCACUUUUUCUGAGUUGUGUGAGCCAGAGGGAAUGUAUGGAGUGCACCAUCCAAAGGGUUAACUAUGUGUACCGCAGUGUAUGGCAAUAUAUGGGGGGGUUGUUGUUCUGCAACAGCUGGAGGCACUCUGGUUGGCAAACACUGCUACAAUGUAAUCUCCUUGCACUCAGUAAUAUGCACGAAUAAGGAUUGUGUCACCCCCCAAAUCUUACACCCUUGCCCCUUCUCCUGCAGCCUCCAUGCAUCACCCUGUACCCAGUACUGUUUGCACUAUUCUGCAUUCACCUUACUCCAUUCAACUUUUAUUUUUUUUUAUUUUGUGCCCCAGGCUGGGUAUCAGCAAGGAACUAACACUAAGGAGGAGGAGGAUUCAACUUGUUGUUACUUGAAAAUUACAUUAAUAUUUUUAAAUCUUCUUUAUGAAGUCACAAAAGAGAACUGCCUGGAAUUCCAUGUCCACUGCCCAUCUCCCCCUUCACUUCCCAGAGACCCCCAUGCGGCAUGGCCGGACUUCAACAACCCCCCUAUUAGUGGAGAUUACAGUACAUUAUUUAGGAUAGGGAGGGGUUAAAGGGGCCCCUACAUAGUACAGCUCAACUGCAGGCAACCUGUCUUUUUUUUUAAGAAUCUGAAUAAUUGGGUUGUAUAAUGUACAAUUCCUGCCAAAAAAGUGAUUAAAUAUGGA